AUGGCCGGCAAGAAGGGGGAGACCAAAAAGGAUGCGGAGGCCAAAGGGAAGGGGGGCAAAGGUAAAGGGAAGGAUGGCAAGAAGGGCAAGAAGGAGGAGCCCAGCGAGACGGAGGAGACUUCGGAUUCGGAGCUGCUGAAGGCGGAGGAAAACGAGGAGUCGGAGGUGGGGGAGGCAGAGGAGCAGAAGGAGGUGGUGGAGGAGGAAAAGGCAAAGGAUGAUAAUGUGGAGGAGCCCAAGAAGGAGGAGAAGGGGAAGGAGAAGAAGGGAGCCCUCAAGGGGAUGAUGGUGAAGAAGCCAGGCCGGGGGAAGAAGGUGCAGGUGGAGACAGAGGAGGAGGCAAGCGAGAGUGAUGCUGCACCAACCAAGAAGAACCAGAAAGGCACCUCCAAGCUGGCGAUGGGGCUGUCGGCUGACAAGAAGAAGAAAGGGGCCAAGGGUGCAGAGGCCAAGGGCAAGGCUAAAGCACCUGCAGAGCCAGUUCUGGCCGAGGAAGAGGCAGCAGCAGUGGCAGCAGAGACAGAGGCACCAAAGGCCCGGGCAAAGCGGAGCUUCCGCAGCACCUCAAAGCUCUUCCUGGGCUUCAAGAAGCUGGGGCUGCGUCGGCCCAAGAAAGGGCAGUUCAAGAACACAUCCCGCUUCUUCUGGGGGCUGCAGAAGCACAGCACCAAGAAGAGGAAGAAGAAGAAGAACAAGGCGGUGCUCAAGUCCACCUCCAACCUGAUGGUUCGCUUCAAGCGUGUGGGCAAGAAGAGGAAGGAGGAGGAGGCCAGCAGCUCCCCACCAGCCAAGCCAUCCUUCCUGCUGCUGCGGGGGGGUGAGCAGGCAGCCGAGCACGAUGAGUCCCUCUUCCGCCGACGCCCGGAAAGGAAAUUUAAGCCGAGGGCUCAGGUGCUGAGCAAGGCAGCCACGGCCACGGGCUGGCUGGCCAGGAAGGUGCUCUCCCGGCGGGGGCGGCUGGUGGGGGGUGGCCGGACGGCCGACCCGGCCUGGCUCUCCCGUAUCGGAGCCAAGAAGCUGCCGUUUCCUGCAGAAGACGAGAUCCUCAGGCACCGGGCCAACAUGAAGCGGAUCCCCAGUGCCAGGAGGCUGUCGGCCUCCGGCACCGCGCGACUCGGCCAGGAGAGGCCUGGUAGCUUGGUGCGGCGCCCGUCCCGGCGGCCAUCUCAGCGUGCGCCUGUGGAGCCUCCAGCACCACACUACGGGUGGGCCGAGGAGGAGGACGGAGCCUACAGCCGCCGCCGUGGCUAUGCCAAGGAACAGGAUGGACCUUAUGGUUCCCGACGUGGCUAUGCUAGGAAGGAAGAUGGAGCCUAUGGCUCCCGGCGUGGCUACACCAGGGAGGAGGAUGGAGGUUAUGGCCCCCAACGUGGCUAUGCUGAGGAAGAGGGAGCCUAUGGUCCCUGGAAUGACUACACCGAGGAGGAGGAUGGAGUAUAUGGCCCCCGACGUGGCUACACUGAGGAGGAGGGAGGAUACCUCCAAAACCCACCGUAUUCAUCAGGGUUUGGUUUCGACGACAUGGGGCCAAGCCCCUAUGCUGACUACACUGGCUAUGAGACAGAGGAUGAGUAUGACUACUAUGGGGGAGCCUGGGAGGAGGGUGACCCAUCAGGGCACCCCUACAGCUACUCAGAGCUGGAGGAUGAGGAGCCAUAUGAGGGCAGUUCCCCCCUUGCUCUCUACGACCCUUAUGGCAGUGACCCAGAGUAUGGUGAGGAGGCAACGGGGCCCUACGGCUAUGGAGGAGACCCCUAUGAGGACUUUGGGGAGCCCCUUGCUGGGGGGUACCCAGGGGGCGAGUACCCUGAGCAUCGGAUCCAGUACAGCGAAGGGGGGUGGGUGCCACAUGCCCAGUCCUCCUGCAACCCCUAUGCCAUGGGCCUGGAGGAGAUCGCUGAGGCUGAGGAGCCUGAGGAGUGGGAUGAAGAAGAGGAGGAUGACAAGGAGUAUCCCUUCUCCAUCCUCAGCGCCUCCUCGCUCCGGGGCAUGCGGGAGACCCUCUCCUCCAAGCUCUCGCUCAAUAGGAAAUUCAGGCUCUUCCCUCGGCCCCAGGUCAAGAUUUUUGGCAGAGACCGCCUGGAUGUCCCCCUCCCACCAUCCCCCCACUUGCCCACCACCCGUGACGAGGAUGACUACGAUGAAUACGAGCCCCCGCCGCCCCCGCCGCCGGCAGCCCCCAGCCCCGCAGCAGCCCCGGGACGCCGGGUUUCGGCAGCUCGUGCCUGCGGCAGCCCCCUGGGCCAGUUCCUCCAGCGCUCCCUCUCGCAGCCCCUCAGCCGCCUGAAAAGGGGUGCAGGGGGAUUUCGGGACUCCCGCACCCCCCAGCCCUCCUACAGACGCUCCAGCCGUAGGCUGCCGGGGAUGGAGAGUGCUGGCUCCCCGCCACGAGCGUCUCCCACCAGGGACCUUUCCCCACAGGCAGGAACCCGGGGACAGCCCUCUCCGGGAGAACCGGGGGUCUUGCGGCGGCUGUCCCUCCGUAACCCCUUUGCCAACCCCGGGAGCUCCCCAUCGCCGCCCCCAUCCCGGCAGCGCCCCGGCAGCGUGCGGGGCGAGGGGCUGCGGCGAUCCCCCUCCCUCGGGGCCAGCAUCCGGCGGCUUGGUUCUGAGCUCGCCGCCCCACCUCCAGCCACCUCCCGCUCACCGGGGGCGGGGGGGAGGAGUUUGGGGGUGCCUGGGACAGGAUCAGGGAGACCCUUGACCCCACGGCCAUCGCGGCGGAGCAGCCCUCCCGGGUUGCCGCUCCCUCAGGCUUGGCCCCGGCUCCCCGAGCCCCCCACCAAGGCGGUGAAGCCGCUGCAGAGGACCCCCUUCCUGGCAUCCACCUCCCGCCCUGGCAGCCGCCGCCUGGGCCCCUCCUGGGAUGAGGAGCUGCCCUCCUGGCAGGGAGUAGCACGGGGUCUUGCCAGGGUGCCCCCUCCUCCCAACCCCGCCCCUAGCAACCCCAAAACCUUCAUCCAACGCAUUGGGCAGCCCCUUGCCGGGAUGGCCCCCCGCUCCUCCCCGGCCAGGCCAUCUCCCACCGAAGUGGGGGGCCGCAGCCCCUCCGUGGGGCAGUCCCUGGCAUCUCUGCUCGUGGAGAGCAUGACCCCCACUCAAACCCCUUCAUCCCCACACCCCGCCCGCCGUCCCUCCUCCCGCUUGCCCCCCUGGCCCCGGCGCCCAUCCCAGCGGGACGGGAGCACCCGCAGACCCCCGAGCCCUCCGGCUGGGCGUCGGGGCUGGGCCGACGCCUUACGCCCCGUCCUCCCCUCCUCCCUGAGAGGCAACCGCAGCCCCUCACCCCAGCGUCGAGCCGCUUUCCCGGCACCCCGCGGCCGAGCUCCUGGCUCACCGGCCACCCCACGCCGUGGCCCAGAAGCCAUCGAGGGCGAUGGGCUGGCCGGGGAGGAGGGCGCGGGGCGCUACGCCGUGGUGACGCCGCAGGUGCAGAGGUUGGGCUCUUUCCGCCGCGCGUCCCGCAUGUACAAGCAGCACUGGUCCACGCAGCACGUCGUGCGGGUGCGGGAGAUGCCCGACGCCUGGACGGCAGAGCAGGGACCCCCCCAACUACCCGGCCAGCGUAGCCGGCGGUGGGCGAGCCAGCGGGGAGCCGACAUCACCCGAUACCUGAACCGGCACUCGCCUGGGGCUGGCUGGAAGGACCGGCACCCCUGGGCACAGGGGUACCUGGGCACCAAGCAGCCCUGGCGCACCAAGAUGCAGUCGUUGUGCAGCCUGCCCAUCGUACGGUAUCAGGAGGUGAAGGAGGAGGACGGCCUGGAGGACAUGACCCAGCUGGAGGACCUCCAGGAAGCCACAGUGCUCAGCAACCUCCGGACGCGGUUCGAGCGCCAGCUCGUCUACACCUACAUUGGCAGCAUCCUGUUGUCAGUGAACCCGUACCGGCUCUACAACAUCUACGGGACGGAGCAGGUGCUUCAGUAUGAAGGCAGAGCACUGGGAGAGAACCCACCACACCUCUUUGCCAUCGCAAAUGUCGCCUACUCCAAAGUGAUGGAUGCCAAACACAACCAGUGUAUCGUCAUCAGUGGGGAGAGUGGCUCAGGGAAGACUGAAGCCACCAAGUUGAUCCUGCGCUACCUGGCAGCCGUCAGCCAGAAACGCAGCACUGCCCCACAGAUAGAGAUCCUGGAGGCGACCCCCUUGCUGGAAUCCUUCGGCAACGCCAAAACCGUGAGGAAUGACAAUUCCAGCAGGUUUGGGAAGUUUGUGGAAAUCUUUCUGGAGGACGGUUUGAUCUGCGGUGCCAUAACCUCGCAGUACCUGCUGGAGAAGUCCCGUGUCGUCUUCCAGGCCAAGAGCGAGCGUAAUUACCACAUCUUCUAUGAGAUGCUGGCAGGGCUGCCCACCCAGCAGCGCCAGCGCUACUGCCUGCAGGGAGCUGAGACCUACUACUACCUGAACCAGGGUGGGAACUGUGAGAUCCCAGGCAAGGAUGAUGCAGAGGAUUUCCAUCGGCUGCUCAACACCAUGGAGGUGCUGAACUUCAGCUUGGAGGAGCAGAACAGCAUCUUCCGCAUCCUCUCCUCUGUCCUCCACCUGGGCAACGUCUACUUUGAAAAAUACGAGUCUGACUGCCAGGAGGUGGCCAUGGUGGUGAGUGAUGCGGAGAUCCGGACAGUGGCUGAGCUACUGCAGGUCUCCCCUGAAGGUCUGCAGAAAGCCAUCACCUUCAAGGUGACGGAAGCACUGCGGGAGAAGAUUUACACCCCACUGACUGUUGAAAGCGCCGUAGAUGCCAGGGAUGCCAUUGCCAAGACCCUCUACUCCCUGCUCUUCAGCUGGCUCACAGACCGCAUCAACAAGCUGGUGUACCCACGGCGGGAGGCCCUCUCCAUCGCCAUCCUGGACAUCUAUGGCUUUGAGGACCUCACCUUCAACAGCUUCGAGCAACUGUGCAUCAACUAUGCCAAUGAGUACCUGCAGUUCUUCUUCAACAAGAUCGUCUUCCAGGAGGAGCAGGAGGAAUACAUCCGAGAGCAGAUUGAGUGGAAGGAGAUCCCCUUCAGUGACAACCAGCCCUGCAUUGACCUCAUCUCCCAGAAGCCCUACGGCAUCCUCCGGAUCCUCGAUGACCAGAGCUGCUUCCCUCAGGCCACUGACCACACGUUCCUGCAGAAGUGUCACUACCACCACGGGAUGAACCCACUCUACACCAAGCCCAAGAUGCCACUGCCCGAGUUCACCAUCAAGCACUACGCAGGGAAGGUGACCUACCAGGUUCACAAAUUUUUGGAUAAAAACUACGACCAGGUCCGUCAGGAUGUGCUGGACCUGUUCAUCAACAGCAGGACCAAGGUGGUGGCCAACCUCUUCUUCGGCCAUGCCCAGGUGUUGGCCCGACAGAGGAGCCUGGUCAGGAGGAGCAGCACCAGAACACGGCGGUACAAGGCCCCCACCGUGGCUGCCAGGUUCCAGCAGUCACUCCUGGAACUGGUGGAAAGGAUGGAGAGGUGCAACCCCUUCUUUGUGCGCUGCCUCAAACCCAACAACAAGAAGGAACCAGGGCUCUUUGAGAAUGACGUGGUCAGAAGCCAGCUGCGGUACUCGGGGAUCCUGGAGACCAUCCGCAUCCGCAAGGAGGGCUUCCCCAUCCGCAUCCCCUUCUUCGUCUUCAUUGACAGGUACCGCUGCCUCGUGGACAUGUGGUCACGUGUCAUUCCCAAUGGGGCCAACUGUGUGGAGAUGCUGAGGAGCCUCUGCCCCGUCAACCCCAGCAUGUACUACGUUGGUGUCAGCAAGCUCUUCCUGAAGGAGCAGCUGUAUCAGUCACUGGAGAGCAAGCGAUCCCGUGCCCACCACCUGGCCGCGCUCACGCUCCAGCGUUACGCUCGCACCUUCUUCAUCAAGAAACGCUUCCGCUCCCUCCGCCGAAAGAUCGUCCUCCUGCAGACCCGGGCACGGGGCUACCUGGCCAGGCAGCGGUACCGGCGCAUGCGGCGCACGCUCAUCAAGUUCAGGUCGCUGGUGCACAUCUACGUGAACCGCCGGCGGUACCUCAAGAGGAGGGAGGAUGCCCGCCGGCGGGCCGAAGAGGAGAAGGAGAGGAUGAAGCAGGAGCUGACGAGGAGGGAGGUGGUGGAUGUCACCCACCUGGAGAUCCCGGCUGAGCUGAUGGGGCUGCUGGAGGCCGCUGCAGCCGCCCGGGAGGUGAACGCCGGGUGCGUGGUGCUGGUGCCGCCGCCGUCGCUGCAGCCCGACUCCCAGCUCACCCUCCCGCUCGACAUCAAUGAUUACCCCAUGGCCAAGUACGUGCGGGGCCACUUCCAGGAGCCGGCGUUCGGGAUGCUGACGGCCCCGUUGGUGGCCCCUCUCACCCGGCUGGACGAGGAGCUGCGCCACGAGGCGCUCAGCCUCUUCCAGCUGAUCCUGCGCUUCAUGGGGGACCCGGGGCUGGGCGGCUCACAGGAGACCCUCUUUGGCAACUACAUCGUGCAGAAGGGGCUGUCGCUGCCGGGGCUGCGGGACGAGCUCCUGGCACAAGCCGCCAACCAGGUCUGGCGGAACACCAACGUUAACAACGAGGAGCGGGGUUGGCUGCUGCUGGCAGCUUGCCUCAGCGCCUUCGCCCCCUCUGCCGCCUUCGACAAGUACCUGCUCAAAUUUGUCUCUGACUACGCCUUUGCUGGCUACAAGCCCGUGUGCCAGCGCAAGCUGAUGCACGCCAUGGCACAGUCACAGCUCGGCGCCGCGGCCGCCCGCACCUUCCCGCCCUCGCUGCUGGAGUGGACGGCCAACCGGCGGCAGGCCAGCAUGGCACUGGACCUCCACUGCUUCAAUGGUGACCAGUUCUCCUGCUCUGUCCACUCCUGGAGCACGGGUGAGGACCUGGCUGGGAAUGUCCUGAAGCACAGGGGGCUGGUGGAGGGCUGGCGUGGCUGGUCUGUAGCCAUGAAGGCAGGUGCCCAGUGGGCUGAGCUGGCUGGCCAUGACUACGUCCUGGACCUCAUCUCCGACCUCGAGCUGCUCCGGGGUUUUCCCAAACAGAAGUCCUGCUUCCUCGUUGCAUGGGAGGGGACCGAGAGACGCGGCAGGGACAGCCUGGCAGUGCUGGGCUAUGGCUUGGAUUUGGAUGAAGUGCCUCCUCCCCCGGCUGUGAAAGCCCCCACGCUGCCAUCCGCUGAGCCGUACCACCCCUCUGACGGGGAAUCUGGGGAGCCACGCAGCCAGAAAGGUCUGGACCGGUACCUGGACAGCCUCUUUGACCCAGUGCUCUCCUAUGGCAAUGGGGAGCUGGAGAAGCCAUCUGCCAUUGUGCAGAGGAUGAAGGGCGGAGGGGGCACGGGAGGGGGGGACCGCAGGGGCGAUGCUGAACGGAGCGGACCCCCUGCACCCACGGAGAUCCAUCAGCCAAGAGGCGUGGAGCCAGCCCCGGCCCCGCAGCGCCGGGCAGAUGCCAACCAGCCCCCCGGGCCCCUGGGCAGAGCAGCGGGCAGGACGCCAGCCCGUGCACCCCAGCCCCGACCCUACUCACAGAAAACUGCACCCGUGGCCCGGCAGUGGCCGGGUGAGACUGUGGUGAGACAUUCCCGGCUCAACUCCGAACACUUCCCACGGCCCACGCACGACAUCCGCAACAUCAUCCGGCAGUGCCAGCCUGCCCUGCGCGGCCCCCAGCCCCCCAGCAAACUCUUUGGGAAGAAGCUGGACCCCCAUGAGGAAGCCAUGCAGAUCCUGAAGGAGCAGCUCUCGGCAGCCCGGGUGCCGGCAGCUGCGGGGCCCAAGGAGACAGUGGCCACGGUGAAGCCAGUCACCAGCAGCAGGUACCAGCUGCCAGCACCGACGGGGCGUCCGGUGGCCACCCGGCCCCCAGUCGCCGUCUCCCGGGAGCUCCCAUCUGAGGGGCAGCAGGUCCAGACCCAGCUGCACCGGAGUUGCAGUGAGGAUUUCUACACCUAUCACAACGUGCCCUGGAAAAUCUACAUCCGCAAGGAGGUUUUCUACCCCAAGGACACCAUCAACAACCCCCUCCUGCUCGACCUCAUUUUCCGGCAGAUCUUCACUGACACCCUCUCUGACACCUGCAUCCGCAUCAGCCAGGAGGAGCGACUCCGCCUCAAAUCCCUCUUUGCUGAAAAUAAACUGGACUCCUUCAGCCCUGUGGCCACUGAGAGUGUCAAGAGGGAGAUCAUCGCCGCCGCCCGGGAUGGCUGUGAGGUUUAUUUCUCACGUCUCUUCCCUGCCACGGGCAGCGUGGGGACAGGCGUGCAGAUCCUGGCUGUGUCCCACACGGGUGUCAAGCUGCUGCGGGUGGUGAAGGGCACCAACGUCCCCGGGGAGCAGCUGCGGGUGCUGCGGGCGUACAGUUACGCCGACGUGCUCUUCGUCACCACCCCGUCCAGGAACAUGCUGGAGUUCAACCUGAGCAGUGAGAAGCUCAUCCUCUUCUCCCCCAAAGCCCCUCAGGUCAAGGCUAUGGUCGAUCACUUCAUCACGGAGCUGGGGAAGGAUUCCCAGUAUGUGGUAGCCGUGAGGAACUACAGCCCAGAGGACAGGGGCCAGCUCAGCUUCCACAAAGGGGACAUCAUCCACCUGCAGCGACUGGAGCACCUUGAGAGAGACCAAUUCUAUGGCUGCGUGGUCCGCAAGAAGGUGAUGUACCUGGAGGAACUGAAGACGGGCACCCAGGAUUUUGGGUGGAAGUUCGGGGCCAUCCACGGCAGGUCAGGGCUCUUCCCCACCGAGUACGUCCAGCCCGUCGCCGCCCCCGACUUUGUCCAUUUGCCAGCGGAGAGGAAAGAGGAGCCCAGGGACAAGCCGGGCAAGGUGGCAGCUUCAGCAGCAGUGGCUGUGGCCGUGGCCUCCACUGCCGUGGCCCAGGAGCUUGACCGGAAAACUGAGGGGUCCCACACUUGUACCACCACCACGGAGGGUCUGGAAGGAGAUGGUGGUGAGCAGCUUGGGGCUGGCGUGGGGACCUGCCCCAUGAUGGCCUUUGCCCGGAGAUACUUCCGUGGGGCACGGCGAGGGACCACGGAUUUGAGUGGGAUGAAGGACAAGAGGGAUGUGUCUGAUGUGCUGGAGAUGCUGACGUUCACCAAGGUCCCUAUCCAGGAGUCACUCAUUGAAUUUGUGGAUGGUGGCAACAGCAAACUUGCUGCUGAGGCUUUCCAAGCUGUGAUGAAGUUCAUGGGAGAUCACCCUCUUAGGGGACAGACAGAGCUGGAUGCUGUCUGCACCAUCCUCAAGCUGUGCGCAGAGCACGAGGUCCUGCGGGAUGAGGUGUACUGCCAGAUCAUCAAACAGGUCACCAACAACACCAGCUCCAAGCCGGACAGCUGCCAGAAGGGCUGGAGGCUGCUCUACAUCCUCGCUGCCUACUACAAGUGCUCAGAGGUGCUCAAGCCCUUCCUCCUGGCCUUCCUGCAGGAUGCCAGCAGCCACCCGGAGCUGCCCUUCCAGGGCAUCGCCAAAGCCUGUGAGCAAAACCUGAGGAAAACCCUGCAGUUUGGUGGCCGCAGCCUCUUUCCCAGCAGCAUGGAGCUCAAGGCCAUGGUGGCUGGACGCAGCGCCAAGCGCCAGCUCUUCCUCCUGCCUGGUGGCAUUGAGAGGCACCUCAAGAUCAAGACGUGCUCAGUGGCUCUGGAUGUGAUCGAGGAGCUGUGCAGGGAGAUGGGGCUGCAGCACCCCGAGGCUUUUGAGGAGUACAUCCUCUUCGUGGUGAUGGAUGGAGGGAAGAGCGUGCGGCCACUGACCCGCCGGGAAUAUGUCCUGGAUGUGGCUGCUGAGACGGAACCCCGGGAUCCCACCUACACCUUCUGGUGCCGCCGCGUGGUCUGGAGCCAACCCCUCAAGUUUGACAACGAGCUCUACGUCACCGUCCACUACAACCAGGUUGCUCCUGACUACCUCAAGGGGCUGUUCACUGUCCUUUCCUCGGCGAGGCUGGGAGAGCAGCACUUCCCACACGUGGCCAAGCUGGCCGCCCUCCAGCACCGAGCCAAGGACCGCCACCACGUCCCCACCGAGCGAGAGGUGCAGGACUAUGUCCCCCCCCAGCUCUUCCACCUGCUGAAGACUCAAUCCUGGCUCCACCUGGUGACCCAGCACAUGGAGCAAGCCCAGGCACUCAGUGCCCACCAGGCCAGGGCACAGUUCCUAGGGCUGCUGAGCGCCUGCCCCAUGUUUGGCUCAUCCUUCUUCUACAUCCAAAGCUGCAGCAACAACGCCAUCGUCUCGCCCUGCAUCCUGGCUGUCAACCAGAACGGCCUCAACUUCCUCAGCAAGGAGACCCACGAGCCCAUCGCCAAGUUCUCUCUGAAGGAGAUCCAAUCCACACGGACACAGCGACCCACAGCCGGUUCCAGCUACCCCUACGUGGAGAUCACCCUGGGUGACCUCCUGGCGCAGGGCAUCACCCAGCUGCAGCUGGAGCAGGGCCUGGAGCUGUGCCGAGUGGUGGCUGCACACAUGGAGAUGCUGCUGGGAGCCCGGGAGAAGAGGCUGACGCUGCCGCCCAGCGAGAUCACCCUGCUCUGAGCACACCCCCACCCAGGGGCACGGGGGACACCUGGAGCACGGGUGUCCCCUGCCUGGGCACUGUCCCCUGUCCCCAUCCCCUCCUCACGAUUCACUGUCAUUCGGGGGGUUUGAACACGCCCGGGAGCCUGGCCCGACUCAGUGUCCAUGGUUCUGUGCUGAGCUUGAUGUGUCUCGUGCCUCAGUU